GACGCUUUUGAUCUGCGAAAAAACCCAAACACACGUGUGUCCCGACCAAGCUAAAGUUAUCUAGCUAUCUAGUGACUGAACCGUCAACAAUGGGGAAGAGAAAACAGAAGAAUCAGAUCUUUAAUAAUUUAUCAAAAAAGCAGAAGAAACAUCUGAAAGAAUUUGGGGAGGAGCAUCCAUUUCAUGAUAUAGUCACAGAAAAGGCAGAGAAAACACAAAUAUUGGAUCUGCCAGACAGCCCAGUACAGUCCUGUGCUGAAAGUGACGAGGACGACGAACCAGAGCACAAGUCAGCAUACCAGAAGUUGUUGUCUACUCUCAGCAGCCCUGCAGACCACGAAAGCGAAGAUGAGAGUGUAGAUGAUGAAGAGGAUGAGGAAGAGGUAGAAGAGCAUCUCAGUGAAGAAGGAAGUGAUGGAGAUGAUGAGGAAUAUCAAGAAGCAGGAAAUCAUUUGACUGUGACACCAGAAGAGGCAGAUGAGGGGGAAGCAGGACCAAAUGAAGGGGGUGAGGAUGAAACAGCAGGAGGAGUGGACUUUGAGGACAAGGAACAUGAGUCUCAGUUCUGUCUGGAGAACAACUUCUCUGGAGAAGGAGAACAGGAGGGUGCAGAGAGCACUGCUAAACAAGAGGAUGAGGAAGACUCCUUUAAGCUGCACCUUGACACAGAGAUUAGUGAGGAGGACGUAAAACGGAUCACUGCUCGCACUAAGGCCAAGACUCAGGUCAAGUGGCCAAGCCUGGGCACCCUCCUCUGCUCCUCCCCUCUGGAGAAGUUUGGUCCCGCCGGCCAGGAGAAAGACAAAAGGCCUCUGGCGCUCCACAAAGUCCUGGAAACUAACUGGACAUCUCUGAACCAGACCUCCAAAUCUAAGGGAGCCGUGGAGGAGGUCAGUCCACUGCAGCUGGAGCUGCUGUCUCUAAUGGGUUCCUACAGGGACGUGUACUUCCCAGAGAGCUCACCACUCACCGAGGGCUGGCAGGUCCGCAGUGCCUACUGCCUCCACGCACUCAACCACGUGCUGAAGGCCAACUCUGGCGUUCUGGGUCAUAAUGCCCAGAUGAGGGAGAACCAAGCCGCAGACAAGGCCGGAGUUGAGCCACGGGAUGAGCCCCGGGACCAAGGCCUGACCCGACCCAAGGUUCUGAUCCUGGUGCCGUUCCGAGAUGGAGCACUGCGGGUGGUCCAGACCCUCAUCAACCUCCUGGAGACCAAGGGCAGGAAGAUGGAUGUCAGCAACAAGAAGAGAUUCAAGGACGAAUUUGGAGAGGAACCAGUGAACACGCCACCCAACCUCUUCAGACCAGACGACUACACCGCCAUUUUCUCGGGCAAUAUCGACGAUCACUUCAGGAUAGGAGUUUCCAUCUUGAGGAGAAGCAUUCGGCUCUAUGCACCCUUCUACUCCUCUGACAUCAUCAUAGCGUCUCCGCUGGGCCUGCGUACAGUGCUGGGGGUGGAGGGCGAGGCCAAGCGGGACUACGACUUCUUGUCCUCCAUCGAGAUACUGGUGGUGGACCAGGCCGACGUCUUCCUCAUGCAGAACUGGGAGCACCUACUGCAUGUGAUGAAGCAUCUGAACCUGCAGCCCUUGGACCCCCAUGGGGUGGACUUCUCCAGGGUGCGCAUGUGGAACCUGAACAACUGGGCCAAGUACUAUCGCCAGACACUGAUGUUCAGCUCUAUCCAGGACCCACAGAUCAACAACAUCAUCUCUAAGCACUGCUUCAACUACCGCGGCCAGGUUGCCACCAAAAAUAUGCCUAUAACAGGCUCUAUCUGCCAGGUUCUGGUUCAGCUCCCUCAUGUCUUCCAGAUGAUCAACUCUAACAGCUUCAUGGACCAGGAUGCAAGGUUCCAAUUCUUUGUGAACAAGGUCCUGCCCCAGUACAGGGACUCGGUCAUGUCCCACACGCUCAUCUAUGUUCCCUCAUACUUCGACUACGUCCGACUGCGCAACUACAUGAAGAAGGAGGAGAUCAACUUUGCCAGCAUAUGCGAGUACUCGACCAAGUCAGAGGUGUCCCGUGCCAGGCACUUUUUCCAGAAGGGAGAUAAACAGUUUAUUCUCUUCACCGAACGCUUCCACUUCUACAAGAGAUACACCAUCAAGGGAAUCCAGAACCUGAUCUUCUAUGGGCUGCCCUCAUACCCUCACUUCUACAGUGAGGUGUGCAACAUGCUGCAGGCAGGGGGCCAAGGAGAGGAGGCUAGCUGGACUUGCACAGCCCUCUACUCACACUAUGACGCCCAGCGCCUCGCUGCCAUCACUGGGGCCCAAAGGGCCGCUCAGAUGCUGCAGUCCCAGAAGCCCGCACACCUGUUCGUCACUGGCGAGGAGAAGGGCCCUAUGGGCCCCUAACACGCAGAUGGAAAGUGACUGAUAUCAGUAGGUAGGAAGAGGGAACUUCCUUUCAACAGCCACUUUAGUUUUACGACACAGGUCAUCAAUGAUGCCGAUCAUGAAAAUGUAUUGACUUUAGUCAGACAUUCUUUUCAACAGCAUAUCUGCUUUUUUUUUACCCCGUUUUCUCCCCAAUUCCAUGGUAUCCAAUUAUUUCGUAGCUACUAUCUUGUCUCAUCUCUACAACUCCCGUACGGGCUUGGGAGAGACAAAGGUUGAAA